UGUUUCGCGCUGCAAAAAUGUUUUUUGGAGCCACCGAUGCUCAGUGCAGUCGAGCCAUUCGACCGCAGAAGUUGGCAAAUCUUGGAGGAGAAUAAAGCGCCGACAGAGAUUCAGAGAUAUUGCGAUCAUGUCUGUGAAUGCGGAUCUGCAGAAAGAGCGGGCGGCGGCCACUCUGGACAGCGAGGACUUUGCCCGCUGGUGGGCAGGUGGUUCCACUCAGUUGGAGGAGCGGCGUGCCCUGGAUCGCCUUUUCUACGACGAUCCCGACUUUGCGGAAGCAGUGCAUCCCAGCUGUCUGUCCUACAAGGAGCGCUACGAGCAGACUGUGGCCCGAUCCACUCGCUUUUUGGCCAAACUACGGCAAUGGCAGCGGGAAAAGCAGCCACAGCUCCAACUCAGUGUGAAUAUGCUGAGGGACUUCCGGCUGCUCCUCUCCGGAUCCCUGGGCACUGGCCUCUUUCAGCAGAGCUUUCCCCUCCGCGUGCACUUCUCCAUGUUCAUGACCACCCUGUUGAGUCAGGGCACCGAUGAGCAGCAGGCCCAGUGGCUGAAUCGAUCCUGGCACAUGGACGGCGUCCUGGGAACCUACGCCCAAACGGAACUGGGUCACGGCACCUUUGUUCGGGGCCUGGAAACCCGAGCCGACUACGAUCCUGAGAAGCAGGAGUUUGUCCUGAACACACCCACUCAGAGUUCAUAUAAAUGGUGGCCCGGGGGACUGGGUAACACCGCCAAUGUGGCCAUUGUCUUGGCCCAGCUUUAUGUGAAGGGCAAGCACUACGGUCUGCAAUCGUUUCUGGUGAGGAUUCGGGAUGAGAGGAGCCAUGAACCGCUAACCGGAGUCGAUGUGGGCGAUAUAGGACCUCGCCUGGGGGGAAAUGGUGUGAACAAUGGUUUCCUGGGACUCCACGACGUUCGCAUACCCCGCAAUCAAAUGCUGAUGAAGAACGCCCAGGUCCUGGUCGACGGAACCUUUGUCCAAGGCAGACCUCCAUUGCUGCUCUACGGAACCAUGGUCUAUGUGCGGGUCAUUACCCUGAAGGAUGUGCUCUUUGGACUGCUGCAGGCAGCCACCAUCGCCACCAGGUAUUCCGUAGUGCGUCGCCAGAGCCGGAUUGAUGGGGAUCAGCCAGAGGUUUCGGUUCUGGAUCACAUCACGCAGCAGGCGAAGAUCUUGCCGCAGAUCGCUCGAGGGGUGUCCUACCGCCUGGUCUCCGAUUGGCUGUGGCGCUUCUACGAGCAGGUGCUGGGGCAACUGGAGGAUGAGGUUGCGGGAGGACGCAACUCCCUGCCGGAGUUGCACGCCCUGAGCUGCUGCCUCAAGGCGGUGGCCACCGAUGAGGCCAGCGAGGGCGUGGAUCUGCUGCGAAAGAGCUGCGGUGGCCACGGGUUCCUCUCCUCGGCCAACUUCGAUAGCAUCUAUGGCCUGACCGCCGCGGCUUACACCUAUGAGGGGGAGUACACGGUGCUCCUGCUGCAAACAGCUCGAUUUCUGGUGCGCCAGUAUGCAGACAGCGUGAAGCGAAAGGUCCUGCCCCCCAGUGUCUCCUAUUUGAGGGACACAGCCCGUCUGGUUUGGGGCAAGAAUCUGGCGGCCAAUUGUGUUCGAGCGCUGGAGAUUUCCGCCUUGGAGCAGGUGCGUCAGGCCUGGCAGAGCCAGAAGACUCAUCAAUCCGGCAAGGUGAGUGCCGAGAUGGCCAGCAAUCUGGCCGGAAGGCAGCUCACCUCGGCUGCCAUUGCGCACGCCCAUGCCUUCUUCACCCGAAACGCUCUGGCUGAGUUGGAAAGCCUUCGAAAGAAGGGUGAUCUUAGCCCGACUGUGUCCCUGGUUGCGGGUCAACUGGUGGAGCUCUUCGUCUUCGAUACAUUCCUGCGACAGUCGGGAUGCGUGCUGCGCUGGAACAGUGGCAUCAAUGGCAGCCAGCUGCGCUUCGUAGAGCGUCGGUACGAGGAGUUGCUGGCCAAGUUGCGUCCCAAUGCGGUGGCCCUGGUUGAUGGCUUCGAUUUCCACGAUCGUGUUUUGGGCUCCACCCUGGGCUGCCACGAUGGCCGGGUCUACGAGCGGCUCAUGGAGGAGGCACGCAGGAAUCCGAUCAACCAGGAGCCCGUCAAUUCGUCUUUCUACAACCACUUGUUGCCCAUGAUGCGAGGAAAGCUGUGAUGGGGGAAUGAGAAUCCUUUCUGGCACUUGUUUUAUACACCUAAUUUGUUAUCCACUGGUUUUUCCAUUAGUGAUUGCAACGAAUUUGUUAUUGAAGAUUGUCCUCUGCGAUUUUAAAAACAGUUAUACUCCUUAUAAGCAUACGUUUAAAAUAAACAAUUAAUAAAUA